AUCCGACAGCGGCUAUAUCUCAUUAUAUACCGGGUUCUUGGGCUCCGUGUGAUACGCGCUGAUUCCGCCGCCGAGAUCAUGGGAGGACUACCGAGUCUUCCUGACGAGCUUCUACUUGAGGUGUUAGCUUACUUAAAGGAGGAUGUCAGUGAGGUGCUUGCAGCCCAUAACAGUUUCUAUCAGCGUCUCGUGCACGACACGGCCGAUGAUAUUACCAUGUUCAAAUCAAAUAUGCGAUCGCUUUCACUUACAUGUCACAUUUACACGGAAAGGUUACCACCUUUCGCACACCUGAUUCGUACGCUUAUCCAUCGACCCGACCUGCUCUCAGCUAUCAAGCGAGUAGAGAUAGACCUGGUCGAAGCGUUGCGUGAUUCUUCCUGGCGUUUUAAAUCUCAUGAACGGCAGGCAUUCCAGGAAGACGUGCAAGGAUUUCUCAACCGAAACAAAACGACCUUUGCUCCCUUUGGACAACACUGGAUUUCCGAUCCACGUACCGCCAAGCUAGCCGGACUUCUACUAGCGAUACUUCCUGAAGGCAAGUUCGUCAACAUGUACCGAAGCUUCCAUUACAAGGAUCCCACUUGCUGGUUGAGCCAGACUAGCUGGAACGAAAUUUUCGGAAACCUGUUUUCUACACGCCCUCAUUGCCUCGUGGACAUUUACGGUGAAACGAAACUAGGAUUGCUGGGGUUUCACGAGCAGCUUAUACCUUACUUGUUUCCGAAGUUGUCCUCGCGAGAUACAAAAGAAAGAAGUAUCUAUAACUGGGUCCCCUACAUUCGUGCCUUGUGGAUACAAAAGAGCACGCUCGCGCUUACAAAAUUCAAGAGUCAAGACACCUCCCUAAUUCGCUAUCUUCGACGGUUUACUGGGGGGAUAAGAUGUAUCUACUACAUGACUACGCCAAACAUCGGCUACUGGGAAGAUGUUCAGAAUUCGAAUCGAGAUCUACCUGCUCAUUUCGACGGUCUAUUUGAAGACAAGUAUGAAUCUAGUGCAGAGCUCAUCAUUGACACUUCCGAUAUUUUCGGUCCCGUUUGCACCCCAACAAGUGCAUCAAUGGCGAUUUGGAAUGGUAUACGAAAUAGGUCUAGUCUACAUGAUCACAACCUGCUGAGACUUACCGCACCCCAGCAAUUUCUCGUGUCGAUCAAGAAGUCUUCCGGCAAUUGGAAAUUAAGCACUUGUCGCCUUCCGUCUUGUCUGACGUUGCUGGAAAUAUACGAUACUACAGAGCUAUGUACGGAUUAUUUGCUCGAUAUUUCGAGAAAUCGGAAGAGCUCCUACCAAUCUCUCGAAAAGAUUCAUCUCAGCCUCGUAAACAAUAAGGAACACUUCAUUCCGCAUAACACUCGAGACGAGAGGAAGAAUCUGGAAAUGAAAAAGGUUUACCGCGCCUUUCAUUCUCCUGUGAAUAAGAAGAUUCGAAAGACAUUGGAACGCUUAGGAAUUAAAUUGACUUGGCAACGCGGUAGUCUCACGAAGGAGAUAGACUGUAUCUCAUGGGAUGUUGAGAGUAAAUUUCAAGAGCUCCCCGUUCCGGGAUACUACCUAUAG